CUCUAUCUUUUCAAAUCCUCACCCCUUCAUCAUGGAACCCACACGAAGAAGUUCGUAUGAUGCAAGUUUUAAGUUGAAGGCCAUCGAUCUCGAUAUACAAGAAGGAAAUGAGUCUAUGGUGAGACGCUGGAGGAGGCAGCGGGAAGAGCGUUUUAAUCAGCAAAGUUGCUGCCGUGUUAAAAUACAGGUUAGGAAAGGAUCUAUUUAGGUACAUACAUGUACAUUUACAACUCAAAACCGUUCUGUUCCUGUAGUAAAUAUAUAAUCUAAAAACAUGCAUAUCUGUGGCUUGCAAAACUUUUUUAAAUAGAGCGGAUGCGCUUUAUAUGCAGGUGUGCUUUAUAGUCCAGAAUUUAUGGUAAUUUAUUUAUGUAAUAUAAUGUAAAUGGACUCAAGUAGUGAGCUGUUGACCUGAAUCAUGAAAGAUGACCUGCACAGGUCUGGAGCAGUGUGUCACGUCUGAUCAUUUUGAACAUGUUAAUUGUUCAUAAAUUUAUAGUUAAAACAUGUUAAAACAUGUUACCAAAUAACAAGAUUCUUGAUUAAAUUUAAAGGUUUUACCUGGAUUUAAGUCAAUUAAUGAAUGUGGUAAAAACUGUUAAUUAUUUGAUGAGUUCAGAUAAAGCAAGCUUUAACUUCAGUUUAUUAAAGGGUCUGAACUAAUGUCACUGUUAACUGAAAACAUGCAGCAGAAUCAAGAGGAAGUGUCCUUCACAGCAUCUUCAAUCUAAUCUGGGUUCAGAGAUGAUCACGGCGGUCAAACACACAUCUCUGAACAUCAACACUGAGAUCACUCUGAAACACUGCUAUAAUUAAUACUCUGUUUUAAGUUAUGAAAGUGUAGAACUGCUGUCAAUCAUCUCCACUCUGAAAUAGAUGGAAAACAUGAUGGAAAGACUUUAUAAAUACAGAGUUUGAUUUCAUAAUCUGCACUGCAGCGUGACGAUCAGACAGAAAUUUCCUGAAUAUGAUGUUAAUUCAACACUCGUCCAUCAUGCAGUGAUAUAGAGUUAGUCAGAAGCAGAUCGUGUCAGGAACAAACACUCAGUGUGUAGAUCAGAGGAAGUGAACGAACACAGGAAGAGCUGAAAGUAUUUAAAGAAAGAGUUGAAGAGGAAGACUGACAGAAAGAGAAGAUGUCUUAUAAGUGUGAUCUGUGUCUGCUGGGACUCAUCUUUCUCUCUUCACUUCUCACAGGUAUCAGUGAAGUAGAUGAUCAUGUGUUCAUCAGUUCUGGUGAAAAUGUCAGUCUGUCCUGUAAUAAUGCUCUUCAUGACUGUACAUCAACUACAUGGAUCUAUAAUAACAGAUAUUCAGCAGCAGUUGAACUGAUCACUUUAGGGAUAAAGAAGAAAGACACAGAGAGACAUGAGAGACUGAGUCUGGGGUCUGACUGCUCUCUGAACAUCAAGAACAUCACAGAAGAAGAUUAUGGACUUUACAUCUGCAGACAAUAUGUGAAUAAACAACAACAUGGAGCUGAUGCUUGUGUUUAUCUGCAUGUUCUUCAGAUGUCUUCAUCAUCUUCAUCAUCCUCACAGACUGAGAUCAGUGCAGACUCUGUGACUCUCUUCUGUCAGCUGUAUUUAUAUUCAUAUACUAGAGACUCUUGUGAUUGGAUCACUUCUGAGAGAAUUGAGGUGUUCUGGGUGAAUCAGGCUGGUGUUAAACUGAAGAGAUCAGACUCCAGAGAUCAGAUAUUAUUCUCAUCAAAUCAGUGUAUCAUCAGUCUGAAUACAACACUCCUGAAUGAAGAUCUCAACAGAGAGUGGAGAUGUGAAGUUACUCACAGAGAUCAAGUCAAGACCUCAGUCACAUACACUGUCAGGAGAUCAGCUCGAGCUGAAACAACGACAGCAGAAACUUCACGAGCUCCAGAUUCAGUGACACAGAUUCCAGUCAGCAGCUCAAACUCUGAGAAGAAAUCAGGAGAAACUCCAGCCCCGACUUCUACACAAGACUCUUCAAACUCUGAGAAGAAAUCAGGAGAAACUCCAGCAGUUAUAACAUCAACAGAAACAGCAUCAGUUUCAGACACUGCAGCAAGAUCUCUGCAUCAAGGUGUGUUUCUACAGGAUCCUCAUCAACCCCCAGAGAUCUUCUUCAUGAUAAAUGAGGAUAGUUUUGCUCUUAACUGUGUCAUUCAUCAUUUUAACUGUAGAUUGAUUUAUCUAUAUUUUGAUAAUCAGAGUAAUGCUGAUUAUUGUAUUGUCUGUCUCUCAGGGAUUGUGAUUGGGAUUAUUAUCAGCGCUUCACUCGCUCUUCUUCUUCCCGCUCUGAUUCUUUGGCUGAUUUGUAAAAAAAGGGCAGGUGUCAGAAAAAUGACUGAAGACUCUGUCGAGCAGACAGAUGAUGUGACUUAUACUGAAGUUACUGUGUACAAUAAACACAGAGCCAAGAAGAAGAAGGUUCGCUGUGAUGAUAAAGUGACUUACGCUUCCAUCGGAGAAGUUCAGGAAAACUGCAAUGAGCUUUAAGCAUCGGUGAACAAGAGCCAUCUCAAAUCAGACAAAUAAUUAUUCAUAAAACACAUAUUAUAUAAUUGACUAAAUACUUUCAGUGUCUUUUACAUCUUUUUAGUCAUUCAAGUCAGUUUGUAUCUCAUGUUUUUUU